AUGACCACAAACCCCACCAGCAGCGGCGAGCGAUUCUCCGCCGCAGCGCAUGAAAACGACGGUAAACACCACAUUCUCCUGUCCGCCAGCGGCUCCGUAGCAGCGAUCAAGAUCCCCCUGAUCGCCCAAUCGCUCGGUUCGCACCCGAACGUGUCGAUCCGCAUCGUCCUGACAGAGGCCGCCGAGCAGUUUCUGCAGGGCCAGUCGGCCGAACAACCACCCUUGCGGUCUCUCCUGGAUUAUCCGGGGGUGGACGGCGUGUACCAUGAAGAGGACGAGUGGUCGAAGCCGUGGGUGCGAGGCGACAAGAUCCUGCACAUUGAACUGAGGCGGUGGGCGCAUGUGCUGAUUGUGGCCCCGCUGUCGGCCAACACGAUGGCGAAAAUCGUCAACGGCAUCAGCGACGGGUUGUUGUUGAGUGUCAUUCGCGCCUGGGACACCACGGGCUUGAUCGACAUGCGCAAGAAGAGGAUCUUUGUCGCCCCGGCCAUGAACACCGCCAUGUGGCGCCACCCGAUCACCCGCAAGCAUAUCAAAGUACUAGAAGAAGACUGGGGCGCGGACAACCAGGACGACGGUUGGUUCACGAUCCUGCGACCUACGGAGAAGGAGUUGGCUUGUGGAGAUACAGGCGAUGGCGCUAUGAUGGAUUGGAGGCAGAUUGUGGGUUACGUUGACGAGCACUUGGGACUCGGCAUUCGGGAUUUUUAUGAGGUGAACGGUCAGUGA